AUGUCAACAGCUGAUCUUGAUCAUCAAAUAGAGCAGCUUCGAAGGUGCGAGUACAUCAAAGAAUCAGAAGUGAAGCAGCUAUGUCUAAGAGCCAGAGAAAUUCUAGCUGAAGAAAGCAAUGUUCAGCCUAUCAACGCUCCAGUUACUAUUUGUGGGGACAUACAUGGACAAUUUCAUGAUCUCUGCGAACUUUUCUUAGUAGGCGGCGAACUGCCUAUUACAAAUUAUUUAUUUAUGGGUGACUUUGUUGAUAGAGGCUUAAAUAGCAUCGAAACAUUUUUGCUUUUGCUAGCAUUAAAGGUCAGAUAUCCAGACAGAAUUACGCUCAUCAGAGGAAAUCAUGAAAGCAGACAAAUUACGCAGGUCUAUGGAUUUUAUGAUGAAUGCUUAAGAAAGUAUGGAUCAGUCAAUGUAUGGAGAUACUGCACUGAGGUCUUUGACUAUUUGGCAUUGGCUGCACUGAUUGAUGAUAGGAUUUUUUGUGUCCAUGGAGGGCUGAGUCCUACAAUACAAAGCAUUGAUGAAAUUAGAGCAAUUGAUAGGAAGCAAGAAGUUCCGCAUGAAGGGACGAUGUGUGAUUUAAUGUGGUCAGACCCUGAAGAAACUAAUGGCUGGAGUAUAAGUCCUAGAGGAGCAGGCUGGCUAUUUGGAAGAGAUAUAGUAUCGAAAUGGAAUAAUGAAAAUAACAUUGAGCUUAUAUGCCGAGCACAUCAGCUUGUAAUGGAAGGCUACAAAAUUAUGUUUAAUGACACUCUAGUUACAGUCUGGUCUGCUCCUAAUUAUUGUUAUCGAUGCGGUAAUGUCGCUGCGAUUUUAGAGCUAGAUGAGCAUUUAAACCGUUCUUACAAAACUUUUGAAGCUGCCCCUGCUGACGCAAGAGACCCUCCUAAUAAAAAUCCAGUAAUGGACUAUUUUCUUUAA